AUGCUUGGAUGCCCUCAUUGCUUUGCUGAUGGAGUGAGCGACCUUGCAUUUCCUAAUGGAUUGAACCAUGAACAAGAAUCGAGAAUACAUGAAAUUUUAAUAAAUUCGUCAAAAGUUAGAAAUAGUUGGAAGCCUUCCCUACCAUUCGUAAUUAAACCAGAUUUAAAUGAAUAUCAUAUUCAGAGACAUAACUCAGAAACAUUCCUUAAUUUAGAGAUAGCUCUAAAGUAUGAAUAGAUAACAAUUGGAUCAGUUCUAGUUUCCUGA